AGACCUCCCAACGAGGAUACAGAGAAGAAUGUGUGGCCCUUCCGACUGGCAACGACUCCAUGUUCUCAAUUCCUCCUCCAGCUCCACACAAAGUUGAGACGACAAAGCUUUGAACGAGUCUAGAGCGCGCCAUUGUCGGCAACAGACCCGUGCACACCCUUGGUCGUUGUUAUUCUAUCCACACGUUACGUACGUGCAGCAGAGUCCAGCACAGUACAAUUAUCAGCUCGGUCCCGGAACUCUCUCCCGUCCGAGGAUGAGGAGGAGACGAUUUCGCUUUCUUUUCUUUUUCUGAUGUGAUCGGUACGAAGUUUCCUCCUUCAAGCAGGCAGGAGCGAAGCUUUCCCCUAGCUCCAGAUUAUCCGGUUCGUGUGUCCCGCUUGCGUGCGCGCGCACACGCGAAAGGGAGAGAGAGAGAGCGCGCGACGCAACUACUCCAAUGGCGCCCCUUCCCUGCUCGCCCGUGUCCAAUUCGACGGCAUCCGAGUCGUACUCGCUGCCGGCCUCUGAAGAAUCGUCCGAUGAUUCCCUUUCCACUCCGCGGCCUGGCCCGGUCGAUCCAGCACAGAGGACCGCCGCCAACCUAAGUCGGCCCUUGGUUCCGACCUAUUCCGCCUCGCCCGAUUCGGUGCGUUUGGCAGAAGGCGGCAUUGCCAAGCGCGAUGGUGUCGCGCGCAGGACGAGCAGCGAUGGUCAGAGUGCUGCACACGACGUCGACGGCCGACCUCGCAAUCCAUACACAUAUGGUAUUGCUGAAUCUUCCGUCGUCCCCGAGGCCACCGCCAUCACUACCGCCGUCCCCGCGUCCUCCUCGCCGAUCGCCAACACCGCCAAACACCAACUUCCCGAAUUACCAUCACGGCUUGCGUCUCCGAGACGGACCAGCAAAUCGACCCUUUCACCGAGCCAACUCCGCACUAGUCCACACCCAGACGCCCGGAGGCGGAUAGCUGCUCGACUUCCAGACGAUUUCAUGGAGAGCAGUGCGGACGAGAGCACGGCCAUCAUCCGGCGCAGCUCGGGGAAGGCCAAUUAUGGAGCUGCUGAAGCAAGUACUACAGGCCGAGCCGGCGAUGGGACUCGUGCACGGGAUGGACGAGCGUCGAUCUACGAUCAGGUUAUGGAAGACGAACACGACGCGAAUGCUCUAGCCCGGAAGAAGAGCCCGUCUACGAGGUCCGGCGGCGGAGAAUCUUCGACAAGGGACGCAGAAACGGCGCGAAGAUCGAGCUCGGAUGGAGGAGGGAGCCGCCGGGGCCGCGAGAGUUGGCUCAAGGGAUUUGCAGAGAAAUAUGGGAGUGUGGAAUUGGAGAACAAGGGUAGUGUCGCGCGCGACCAUUUAGCAUUGGAACGCACAUUCCUUGCAUGGCUGCGAACAUCGCUCUCAUUUGCCAGCAUCGGCAUCGCUGUCACGCAACUUUUCCGGCUGAACACCACUAUCACGACUCCCGACGGCAACCAAAUUCACAUCUUAGCCUCGACUGCCGAAUCCUUACGACAAGUCGGCAAGCCUCUCGGUGCCACCUUCAUCGGCAUUUGUAAGUCAUUGGAAAGACCGCGGUGGCGUCUGCUUCUCCACAGCACAGCCAGCCACCUGGGAUUCUAUGCUGACAUCGAACCCAUCAAGCAAUUCUGAUCUUGCUCAUCGGAUUUCAUCGCUAUUUCGAGAGUCAACAUUACGUUAUUCGAGGCAAAUUUCCGGCAUCGCGCGGCUCCAUCCUCCUGGUGACUUUUGUCGCAGCCGGACUCAUCGUC